UAAGCCGCAAAUCUUAUUUUUUUAUUCUCUCUCUCUGAGUAAAGGUGUAAAAAAAAUUAGUUUACAGCGACGUUGAAACUUAUUUCUUAUAAGUAAAAAAAAACAUAAAACUGUCGAGAUUCGAGCGAAUAAAAAAUAAAAUUGUGUCCCCUACACCCACGGACGCAGAAAGCGAAGGCGGCGCUCGCCAUUUUACAAUCGCGUUUUUCACCACACAGCGGCGGCGGCGGCGCAGCGUUUUGACCCUCGCGCGGCCACCGUCUCGGCCUUACCCACCCAUCAACCGCCACUCAAUGGCUGCCGAUACGACAGCGGGGAUGUCCCCGCAGAAGUUCUCGGCGGUGUUUGUGGCGGCGUUCUCGCUCCUGGUGGGGCUGCCGGUGUGGUGGAGAACCACGGCGGUGACGCGGACGGCGCUGCCACACGCCGACAUCGCCCGGCUAGACCACGCCAAGGUGGAGUUGCUGGUUCCCAUCGAGGUCGUGGUGACGGCUCAGGCUCUCUCCGCUGCUGGCCUGGACCAGGCCACCUUCGCCGCUCAGCUCAUUCCGGACCAGCAUCGUGUUGGUGGGUGGGUGGGGGAGCGGAGGGACGACGGUGGGGACGAUGACGACGUUGACGAGGAGGAGGAGGAGGAGGGGGACGUAGCAGUGCAGUACAACUACCGCGCUCGGGAAGCCUCCAGUGAGGAGGAGGAGAUCCUCCGUCACCUCUCCAUGGACUCCGCUACCCUUGCUGCUGCCGACGAUGGAAUCUCGGCUCUGCCCUCCGCCAACCUCCCGGGAACCCUCAGCCUCUACAUCCUCCACGACAACCGGCGGCAACAACAUCAACAACAACAACAACAGGAGCCACAACAACAACAUGAAGAUGAUGAUGGUGGUGGUGGCGGUGGUGGUGUCGCAGCAACAGCGACGCCACCUCAUCGUCCAGAAGUCCCGGCGUUUUCCUCCACCUCCUCGUCCACCUCCUCCUCCUCCUUCAGCGUGAUCCCCGGGCGACACCGAUCGGCGUUUCUUCUCCUCCGCUGCGGUGAUGGCGGCGGCGGCGACGACGAUGAUGAUGAUGAUGUUGGUUGUGGCGGCCGUGGCAGGCGGGCCGUGCACCAGGCCGUGGCGAGGAUGGCGCCCGGCGUGGCGGCGAUCGCCGCCGCGACGAGGACGCACGGCAAGGAGGGGCGUCAUGGCCACCAGCAGCAACAGCAGCAGCACCAGCAGCACCAGCAGCAGCACCAGCAGCAGCACCACCAGCACCAGCAGCAGUACCCCCAGCAGCAGCAGCAGCAGACGAGAGGCGGCAGAGAGAGAGCACAGGAGGAGGCACGGAGUAUGAGAGCCCUCCCUUCCAGCCUCGGCUAUGAGUUGACCUUCACGCUGCUGAAUCCAGACCCGAGGCGUCUGGAGGUGUCCUGGGACAUGGCGGCCGCGGUCGAGGCUCACCUGAGGCCCUUUCUCGACAAAGUCACUCACCUGGCGGACUUCACCGUCAGCUCACAGGUUCUGCACUACGCAGGGCUGGGAGUGCGGCCCAGGUUGCACCGCGAGAGUGGAGCCUUCCUCUUGCCUGAGAGCAGCCUCCCUCACCUCAUUAACCCCAUGGAGGCCAGGCUGGGCUCCCCGGCAUCUCCGAUGCCCGUGCUGCACUUCCUGCUCUACGUGACUGAGCCCUCAUUCACUCCCCUCCACCUCCUCACCACGGGGGGCCGCGUGGCCCCCCACAACGCCUUCCUCAUCCCCAGAUGGGGAGGCAUCAUGAUCUUCAACCCAGAUUUGUCUAACAGCAGCCACUCACAGCUGCCAAUUCCAGUGCGGUUGGACACUCACCACAUUAUGGAGGUGUUCAUCACUCAACUACGGGCCUUGCUUGGGGUGCGUGGAACAGCCCCCACGGCCGUGACCUCCGCCCCCGUGACCUCCGCCCCCGUGACCUCCGCCCCCACGGCCGUGACCUCCGCCCCCGUGACCUCCGCCCCCGUGACCCCGGCGCCUCUGGCGGGCUGGGAGCUGGACGAGCUGGCGUGGAGGCGUUGUGCCGAGCUGCUGGCUGGAGCCACGGGUGGACUGGCGUCUCUCGCCCAGCUGCUUGGCGAGAUCCACAACAUCGUCAUAGCACUGCCUGUCGCUCACCAGGUGGAGGUCGCUGUGCGUAGCUCCUGGGCCUCCCUGGCCGACCUCAGAGAGGGCCGCUUGGAGGCUGCCCUGGGCCACGCCGGCUGUGCUUGCAGGGCCUCAGAGGCGGCCUUCUACGAUCCCUCGCUGCUCGCUCUGCUGUACUUCCCCGACGACCAGAAGUUCGCCAUCUACAUUCCACUCUUCCUGCCCGUCGCCAUCCCCGUCCUGCUCGCACUCUGGAGGCACCUCGGGGCCCCCGGGGCAUAGCCGGGGGGGGGCCCUGAGGGCACCCAGGGCAUAGCCGGGGGGCCCUGAGGGCACCCAGGGCAUAGCCGGGAGGCCCUGAGGGCACCGGGGGGCCCUGAGGGCACCCGGGGGCUUAGCCGGGGCC